UGUAUGCUCAUGUGUUAGUUCUGUACAAAAUGUCAAUGUCAAAGCAUAAUUGUUUAACCCAAUUCCCGCAGUGCGAUAAUAGUGCGUAUCGAAAAAUGACUGUUAGAAAUGUUUAGAUCGUAGAUCACUUCCCAUUCGGUCGCUUGCUACCCCAUAGGUAAGACGUAUGUAAUUUUAAGGUUAAUUUUCUCCAUAUGAACUUCCGUAACAUCUCAUUCAGUAGAGACAUAUGUGGAGUUUGGCAAGCCUCUUGACAAUCGGUAGGUCCACAUUUUACGCAUCUGAAAGUAGCAGGAGAUAUGCCAAUUAUUGCAAUAGAGAGUGGGUUUAUUCUUAGAACGCAUUUGUAAUAAUAGCGCUAAUGCCAUCUCUGUAUUUCUAUAAUAUUAAGUAACAAGCCUACUAUAAAGUGUCCUGAUAUUAAUUAAGAAUGGCAAAUGUAGUUAACCAAAAAAAGGAAUGUUGCAGUAAAAAAAAUACUUGGGUGAGCACAAUAAAUAGUAUAACUAUCAGAUUUUAAGCAUGUAAUUGCAUUAAGACGUCUCUGUUAGUUACGCCGUUGAAUCGGCUUUUUAUUGCAAUAAUUUCCUUAUUUCCCACUUUUUUAACGAAUGCAAAUUUAAGAGCUCAUAGCCCCCGAAGGACUUUUUUGAGCUCUCGAGGAACUUUUGCCUUACCUUCUAUUUACAAUAAAAUGAUCGCAAGAAAUACAGAUUACUUAAAUAAAUAUUUUUCCGCUUCUGGCCGGUCGUGGGUAUAACACCCUUCAGCCGACCGGUUAAUCGCUAGUCGGCAGCGUCGUAACUCGUCAUUGCUGCGGUAUAUACUAUUUUUUUCCUACAAAUAUCUUUUUCUCUUACAUUAUGCGGAGAUUUGCGAAUCACCAAAAUAUCUUAUGUACGCGGCUAAUUUGUAGGCUGUGCCAACCGGACACUACCUUAGUAGCUAACAGAGUGGUACGGCGUCGAAAUACGAUCUUGUUAAGACCUCCUCAUUACUCAGACAUCAGCUUGUUUUUCUGUGUGUCCUGUGUUUGGUAGUUUUGGCGGGAAAGUGUAACACAUGUGCCGGUGAGCAUUAGUGCUCCAUAUAUCGUUUAUCGGUCUCUAUGCUAUAAGGAAUUCGACGUAUUUCUGAUAAACUGAUGUCCGAAAUCAUCGAGCGUUGUACAGAUUUUUGCCAAGUGUUCAAUCAAUGUGCUACCAAUACUGAGGCUCUAGCUCGUCACGUUAGAAUGUACUUAAACCUUGAGUGUGUAAUUGCGUUAAUAACUGUUUUGUGAAAAACGUCAAAUAUAUGAAAAAAAUAAAAUACUGUUGACUUCUCGUCAUAAAUCAAAAACCAAGCGUAUGGAAUGGAGCUGGACAGUGAUGCUGAAAUUAAUCUCAAACGGACACUGGAGCUGGAUCAAGAGUCUGAAGUUUCGGUGGCAAAACGAACUCGAACCUUUAGCCCGCUUGGAGAGCUGAAAAUUGAUUUAGGUGAAGACGUAGAAGUAGAGGGGUCCCUUUCCGUCCGGCCGCGUACUAGUGGUAACGGUGGCUCGGGAAGGGAAGCACUAAAGACAGACGUUCUGCGGACCGAUGACGAUGAGCUGCCGUCAACCUCGUCAGGAAUUCGUGAUAUGGUGAAUAAGUUCCCUGUACGUGGGAGUAGCGGGCGACUCCAGUUUGUCAGACAAUACAGUCGACGUGUGUUAGAUAAUUUAGAAAACCCUUCCAAUGAAAAUACACGGCCAUCUCUCUUAAGCAAACCUUUUUGGGAUCUGUUUCAAGAAGCCGAAGAAGAGCUUAUUAGGCUCUCGCAUCUUGACACGUUGACAAAUGAUAUAACUAUGCCUGAAGGAUGUCAGGAUACUGGCCAAACAAGAUCUGGAGCUCAAAGAAAAGAAAGCCACAACGAUGACGCCCGCGCCGAAGGAGAUCUUUCGGUUGGAAUAAGUGGUGAUAAUGAUACUGAAAAGUGUCCGUCCUUACUUUGGGCUGACAAGUAUCGACCUCGAGGCUUCAUGGACCUGCUCAGCGAUACAGCAAUAAACCGUCUCCUUCUUCAAUGGAUAAAGCUAUGGGACGAAUGCGUAUUCAACCGUCCUAUUAAGGCAACCCGCGAGAAGGCUGAGACGAGACAGGACACGGAAAAUAGAUUUAAAAACAAGGAUUUCGCAGCUAGGAACCCAUUCGUAUCAGAAAUAAGCACCGAGUUGGACAAGUGGAGAAGACCGAUGCAGCCUGUAGUUCUACUCGCUGGACCGCCGGGUCUAGGUAAAACCACCCUUGCUCAUGUUCUCGCACGUCAUUCGGGUUACAACAUCGUCGAGCUGAAUGCCUCUGAUGAUCGGAGUCCAGAUGCGUUUCGUUCAGCGCUGGAAGGCGCUACUCAAAUGAAACCCGUUCUCGACCGGGAAUGUAGACCUAACUGUCUAGUCAUUGACGAAAUCGAUGGCGCCCCGGCCCAGUCGAUCAAUGUUCUUCUACAGAUGCUGAGGUCCACGAACGGUGAUGGGUCAGAAUCAGGUGGCGAAAAAAAGAAGAAAAAGAAGCCAAAGGUGUUACUUCGUCCUGUGAUCUGUAUCUGCAAUGAAGCCUGGGGUCCAGCACUGCGCCAGCUACGGCAAACUGCCCUUAUGCUACAGCUCCCACAAACGCAGUCUAAUAGACUGGUGUUCCGUUUGCAGGAAGUACUUCGCAAAGAACGUAUGAAAUACGAUAGAGCCGCUCUACAGGCUCUCUCCGAGAAGACAGGCAACGACAUUCGAAGUUGCCUUUGCACUCUUCAGUUUCUGCAGGCACGUAAGGGACAAACGGGAAUGAUUAGCAUGACCGACGUCGCUGGAGUCGCCGUCGGAGACAAAGACAUGGAGCAAUCGUUGAGCAAUGUUGUUCGGAGUGUAUUUAGUAAGCCGACAGGAAACCCAAACUAUUCGACCGCAAGUCCUGCAAAUCGUCAACGUAGAUCGCUGUCUGUACUAAUGCUGGCACAGUCGUUUGGUGACUACGAACGUCUUAAUCAAGCACUUUUCGACACGUUAACGGCGAAACCUUGCAGUGAUUCCGAUAUUACCGAACAGCUGGUGAUUGGUCUUAAUUGGCUGUGUUUUGCCGAUCAACUGAAUGAAACAACACACCGAAUGCAACAUUAUGCUCUUAUGGCGUACGGACCAUUUAUGGCACAGAAAUGGCAAGGCUUGUUCGCUUCAAUCAAACCAGUAAAACCGGUCAUAAAUAACUCAUUUGCCGAGUUUCGACAACGACAGAUUCGUCUCUCGAGUCACUGGGCGUCUCUAAUGUCUUUUAUUUCGCCUGCUUUUCUCGCUUACCAUUCCGGGAUCUCUCUUCUGGUUGAUGUUAUGCCCUUAAUCAUUGGGAUCAUCCAGCCACAGAUGAGAUCUUCAAAUGUGCAGUUACUAAAUGACGCUGACCGCCUUGCGUUUCGAUCAGCUGUCAACGUAAUGGCUUUAUUCGGACUCGUAUACCAACAACGCAUGAUCGACGGAGAAUACGUGUUUCAACUUGAACCGAACUUAGAAGACCUUGUGCGUUUCCCCGGAAUCGCAUCACGCUUUACACCGCUCUCGUACGCUACCAAAAUGAUGUUUUCACGUGAAAUCGAACUGAAUAAGAUUCGUCAAACAAACGAAGUUGUGUCAAGGGGAACACGCAGAAAGAGUCCUGAAGUGUCAGCUGUUAAGAAAAGCAAACCACAACUGGAUAUGAUGAAAGACGCCGAAAAACCUAGAAAAGAUUUCUUUGGCAGGCUGAUUCAGCCAAAGCUCAAACAAGAGAGCAGUGAUGAAAUGACGGCGCAUGCCUCCCACAAUGGCCAGAGGCUCAAAGAAGUAGUGGGAAAAGAAGCUGAAGGCAACACAGAAGCCUCUGGAAUCUACUACAAGUUCAAAGAAGGAUUUAGUAACGCAGUUCGGAGAACACGCAAGAUCAAGCAGGUCUUAUAGUAGUAUAAGCAGAUGUACGUAUAAUUGAAAUCGCUUUUAGGUGUUUUAUUCUUCUAAAAUAAGCUAUGUAGCCACAGGGUUAGUAAAUUUUGGACGCAAUGAAAUAUUAUGAAAUGCAUCUGAUAUCGCACUGAUCUUGUGUGUCUUUUUAUUUAUCUCAUUAAUGUUCCCGUUGAACAUUUUGAACAACGUAGUACUAUGCUAAGCUGUUAUUAUCUGUAACACACUUCAUGUAUCUUGAAUACUUGACUUGCAUAUACAUUGAAAUGAAAAGACGAAUCAUGUGCUGUGUUAAUCAUUGAAACAUCAUUAAUAUAUACUCAAAUUACGAAAAUUAUAUAUUCUCUAAUAUUCAGUAAACGUUGUUAUGUUACUACAUUUCAAUGUACAUGUGCACAUUAAA